UCUAGCGCAAACAUUUUGAGGAAUCUAAUCACGCCGCGCCUCCUUUCGCAGUUGCAAUUGUCUCGGGAGGGAAACACACACACACGAAUGCUUAGUUGCCAAACACAUCUUCGUUGGUUCACACACGCACGCUCUCCUUCCGCAACACCAACACACUCACGGACACGGUGGCUAAUCUCUUCUUCAAUGGAUAACCACCGCGAAACGGAAAAUUAUGCGCAUUACAACCACACCGAUCCCUGUAAACACGCACGAUGGAACGCUAGGGAGAGCUACGAGUUUAUGUAUGCAAGGCCUUGGCAACGAGUCAAUGAUUUUUACUUGAAUGCUGUUCUUGGCAACUUGUCUUUGCCUCUUCUUUUUGGAGCUGAGAAAAUUCAUGAUCAUAAUAAUGAGCCUGGAAUUCCAGCAGUUUCUGAUAAACCUGAGUUUGAAAGUGUUGCGUCGCGAGGUCGCGGUGGGAGGUGGGCAAGGCUGACAUUCAAAAUUGUUCUUUCAUACCACGGAGGUUCUUUUGACGGAUGGCAAAAGCAGCCAGGCUUGAACACUGUCCAAAGUGUAAUAGAAGGGCCGCUUGGUACAUUUGUUGAUGAAAAUAAAACUCAACAGCUCAAGGACAGAGGUUUGCCAAUUGAAGGUUCCGUUACUGUUGCUGGUCGUACAGACAAAGGAGUGACAGCCCUUCAACAAGUUUGUUCUUUCUACACUUGGAAGAAGGAUGUUAAACCAAGAGAUAUUGAAGAUGCAAUCUAUCAUGCAGCACCAGGAAAGCUAAGGGUCAUAUCAGUUUCUGAGGUAUCACGUGCCUUUCAUCCCAAUUUCUCUGCCAAAUGGAGGCGUUACCUUUAUAUUUUCCCACUCACUGAUGGAGGAUAUAAGGACCAAAGCAGUGGCAGUGGAGAGUUUUUUGACACACUUAGAAAUAAUGAAAUUCAUGAUUCUUCUAGCAAGGAUGAUUUAGAAAAUGAAACUAAAUCUUACAUGUUCAGUGUAAGCAAGGUAAACCGGCUUUUACAAAAAUUAGAAGGAAAAUUGCUAUCCUACAAGAUGUUUGCUCGUGAUACAAAAGCUUCAAGAAAUGAAGGUCCACCAACUGAGUGUUUUCUUUACCAUGCUCGAGCUAUCGAAGCCAGAUUACCUUUAGCUGAUAAUGACGAAGAAACAAGGGUUAUGUGUAUUGAGCUGGUAGCUAAUCGCUUUUUACGCAGGAUGGUUCGAGUGCUUGUGGCAACCUCAAUUAGAGAAGCUGCAGCUGGUGCUGAAGAUGAUGCGUUGUUAAAGCUCAUGGAUGCCACGUGUAGGCGUGCCACUGCUCCUCCAGCACCCCCUGAUGGCCUAUGUCUUGUUGAUGUAGGGUACGCAGAAUUUGAUCCCGAAAAAUGCUUCAUCACGGACGAGUAGGGAAAUUGUUUGGAAGUCGUAGUAAAAUGAAUACCUAUUAGAGAUCUUCUUUUAAUGAUGACUAUACUAUGGGAUCAACUAUUUAAAGAAAAAACAGUGAGGGAGCAAAUUGAGUAGGGAUGCAUUUGUGUAGAGUAAAAAUGUUGGAAAGUAACUCCAAUGGAAGGAAAAAAGGAGGUAGAAAAUUGAGAUGAUUUUUUCGAUUGUUUUGUCGUAGAAAUUGAAGGGAAAGAAAAUUAAUAUUUUUAUCU